CCGUUAAGUGAGAGCAGACUAUACUGGAAGCUGCCCCCUUUUUCACUCUUCUUUGUCACCAAAACGAACGGAGUUUUAACCCUUCUCUGAACAUCUACAGCACAGUUACACGUCACGAUGUCCACAUGAGCUGACAGUUUCCUGCUGAUGGCUGCUGUCCCCUCUGUUGCCUUCAGGAACGCGUUGACUUCACGUGCAAAGGAGAAGCUGCGGAAGUUUAGCCAGUUUCUUUCGCUUCCAUUGCAGGCUGGGUCUUGGUUGCAGAUAAACAAAACUGCCCCGGCUGGGAGGUGUGGCCACGAGCGGAGCCAACAUGGCGGCGUCAGGAUUCCGGUUUCUUACUUUUAGCUGUGAUUCAUUAGUGCAGCUAGUUUGCUAACUUAGCAGCCAGGGGGGAAAAAAGAAAACACAAUAACAACGCGGAACUACGACAGAGCCGGGUGGACGGUUGAAUAUGGCAGAUCAUGAUCCGCAGCAGGGAGAGCAGGAUCUUGAGAAGAAAAUCGAUGAGACCAGGCAAAGAUUCAAUAGCGAGUUACUUAAAGACUCAACAGAUAAGUAUGACUCCAGGGACGUGGAGAGGCUUGAGCAGGACGAUGCUUUGGUAGAAGCCUACCUCACAUGGAGGCAGUAUGUGGUGGAUGAUGCCUUAAAGAUGAUAGAUGAUAGUCUGCUCUGGAGAAAAGAGUUAGGUGUAAAUGAUAUUACUGAGAGCACCAUUCCCAGGUGGAUGUUUGAGUCCGGUGCCGUCUACCUCCAUGGCUACGACAAAGAAGGCAACAAGCUCUUCUGGUUUAAGGUGAAGCUGCAUUUUAAAGAUGCAAAGACGGCUGUGGACAAGAAGAAGUACAUCGCCUUCUGGUUGGAGCGCUAUGCGAAGAAGGAACCUGGGAUGCCUCUCACUGUCGUGUUCGACAUGACAGACUCUGGCAUUGGCAAUAUUGACAUGGACUUUGUAAAGUAUGUCAUUAAUUGCUUCAAAGUGUACUAUCCAAAGUUUUUAUCCAAAAUGAUCAUUGUGGAUAUGCCUUGGAUCAUGAACGCUGCGUGGAAAAUUGUGAAGUCCUGGUUGGGUCCCGAAGCCAUCGCUAAGCUCAAGUUUGCUUCCAAAGCUGAGGUCCAGACGUUUAUAGGUCCAGAGUACCUUCCGUCCCACCUGGGUGGAACGGAUCCCUUCAAGUACACCUACCCCCCUCUGCCAGACGAUGACUUCCAAACACCGCUCAGUGAGAAUGGACCGAUCGUCAGCGAGGACGACAUGGAGAGCAAGGAGGGUGAGAUGGAGAGCAGAGAAACCCUGGAAUCCAGCUUCAACUCUGAGAUUGUGGCAAAGCCCAAAAAGGUGAAUUUUCUAGAAGAGAGCUUGAGGUCAGACGAUGGUGAAAGAGACACAAACGUGAGGGUGAAAGGAGUCAGGAAGCCACAGACCACUUUCAAAGGUCUUCUGUUAGAUGUCAGUCCUGCUGAGGAGCUGAGCUUUGGGUCUGCAGAGAACGAGAAGAAAUGCCUCAUUAUUCUGAGUAACGUCACCAAAAAUCAGGUGGCCUUUAAGGUUCGUACUACAGCACCUGAGAAGUACAGAGUAAAGCCCAGCAGCAGUAGCUGUGAACCAGGGGCCUCGGUGGACAUAGUGGUGUCCCUACAUGGAGGUUCUCAGGCCUCCCCUCAAGACAGAUUUUUGAUCAUGGCUGCUGAAAUGGAGAACGUCGGAUCGCAGGAACUUACUCAGUUCUGGAAAGAAAUCCCAAAAAACAAGGUGAUGGAACACCGAUUGCGUUGUCAUGUUCUGGAUAGUAUUAAACCGGCAGCCAACCCUCGCAGGGACAGCUUGGGGGAGACGUCAACCAGUGGACAGCAGGAGUUGAACUCCGCACUUAUGCGAGUGAUGGCCUGCAACUCUAGGCUGGAGCAGAAAAUGAAUUCCUGUCUGUGGGUGCAGAAGGUUCUGACUGGCUUGGUGCUAGUCCUCAUAGUGCUGAACCUGCAGUGUCUCUACCUGCUGGGUACAGCUCAGCGGCCGUCUUGACCUACUGCAGCACCGUCCGCCUGCGUCUGUCAGCGCCGGAGGAGGUGCUGACACUUCCAGCUGGGCCACAGUUGACCACCUGAUGGGACGCGGAUCCUCUGUCCCACGCGUCCAGUUUCCUCCGACUGCUGUCCAGCAGGGGAGAAGAAGUACUUCCAGGACAAGUCAGUCAAUGGGAGCUAAAGAAGAAGGAAAUAUUAUUCUGCCGUUUUCUCAGUUAAUGUAACAGAGACAAUUGUAGGUUCUUUAAUGGCUGAUCCUGAAAACAUAAUUUAAAUUAAUAACAUUUAUUAAAAUUUGUUGGAAAGAUUAGUCAUAUUAAGCUUUAUUUAGGAUUUUUUUAUAUGUAUGAAUCUACAAAAAAUCUAUUUAAACCUACACAAUAUGAAAUAAACCCUUUUUAUUCAUG